AUGCGCCCUUCAGUGGAGCGUACAUGGCGCUCGAGGACUCUAACUAUCGAGAAAGUCAUUGAGAAGAAGAACCCUUCAGCGCUUUCAAUACCCUCGCCAGAAGAGAAGCCACUCCACACCUUUUCUUGCCUGCCCGAAAGCAUAGCUACGGUUCUCGCUGCCAGAAGAAACCCAGCGGUUAAGACCCCUGUGGGCAAUGGCGCAAAGUUCGUGGCCAUCUUCACCUCGACCGGUUUCAGGAACCUCUCCACCGACGAGUACUGUGCGGCUGUCGAGACGCUGAAGCCGGACAUCGCCGUCGGCCCCGCUGAUCUGUUCCACACGAGCACGAUGCCGGCUGCAAAGAAGCUCGUUCGCAUGGCACAGCGAACCGAGGAUUGGGCCGAUGUGUUUCUGACGGCCAAGAGGCGCGAUUUCUUCAAGGCGUCUGGGAUCUCGGUGUUCGCGCCUGUUCUUGCGGUGCCGUACACUGUGCAGUGGGAAUACCUUCGCCAUCUGGCGGACGAGGUCGUCGACUCGCUUUCGGGACUGGCUCUCUACGAUGUUGAUGUCUUGCCUGAUAUCGAGGACCAUCAUAAAUCCCUGAAUUCUUUGCCUCGUCUGUCCUUGCACAUUCCCGAUACUCCGCAAGCCAUUCUCCGACAGAUUUCCCUGGGAGUCGACAUCUGCACAAUACCAUUCAUCAACGCCAUCUCCGACGCAGGCGUAGCACUGUCCUUCACUUUCCCUCCACCCGAGAGCCAAGGCAAUGCUAUCAAGCCUCUCGGCGACGAUAUGUGGGCACCCGAAAACGAGGUGGCCAUGGAACCCCUCUCCCAAGGCUGCAAGUGCUAUGCCUGCACGACACACCAUAGGGCCUUCCUCCACCACCUCUUGAACGCCAAGGAGAUGCUCGGCUGGACGCUGCUGCAGAUUCACAAUCACCAGGUGAUGGCCGACUUCUUCGCCGGAAUCCGGGCGACCCUCGCCAAAGGUGCCGCGGAGUUUGAGGAGCAGUCGCAGCGCUUUGUCGCAGCGUACGAAGCGGAGCUGCCGCAGGGUACGGGGACGAGACCGAGGGCGAGGGGCUACCAUUUCAAGGGCGAGGCGAAUCCUAGCAGGAUUAACCCGCCGGCGUGGGUCGACUACGCCGCGGACGGCGAGGGUGUCGCGGCCAAGGCGAAUGGGGCGCCGAUAGCAGCGGAGGGUACGGAAACGCCGCUUGUGCCGGAUUUGGGCUCGCUGGAGCUUGAGGAAAAAGGGUUCGCUGAAGUUGCUGGCAAGAGGUAG